AUGGCGGCUUUAGCAUCAACUAUCCUCAUCGUCUCUCUAAACCUACUUUUCUUUACUUUGGUGACCUCUUGUUAUACUUGCACACCAACACCAAACCCCACUAAACCUAUUCACCCUCCGGCGUAUAUGCCGCCAAAAAUCAACCCAUCACCAAAAUCCCCAGUACCAUCAACUAAGCUUGCUAAUUGCCCAAGAGACACCCUAAAAUUGGCUGUCUGCGCCAAUGUGUUAAACGGACUUGUAAACAUUGUUGUUGGAACACCACCUAACAGUCCAUGUUGCACUCUCAUUAAUGGUUUGGUUGGUCUUGAAGCUGCGGUUUGUUUAUGCACUGCCCUUAGAGCUCAGGUUCUGGGAGUAGUCAAUCUUGAUGUUUCCAUCGCCCUCAGUUUGCUUCUUAAUACUUGUGGCAGGAAUGUUCCAUCUGGUUUUCUAUGCGCGUAACUUUUUUCUAAAAAUCCUCAUCAGCCGAAGAAUGCUGGUCU